GCAGGCACGCGGGUUUUGAAAUAGCGAAAUAGUCUCUUGCCGCCGUCAUCAAGUACGUACAUAGUCCAGUGGAGAGGCGAUAUCUGCAAUAACCAACGUCGGAGGGCGGGAUAGACACGAAUCGUACAAUGGCACAGCCUCUAGACGCCGCCAGGCUGGCCCACGAUCUAUCCAAGCGCAUCAUGAAACACCCUGGCGCAACAGCAGCAGCAGCAGUCCCUGGCAAGGCGCCGCUGAAGCUCCUCCAGUGGGCCCUUUCCCAGCUAGAGGAGUGCGCGCGAACGCGCUCCGUUCCCGCUUCGAACGUGGUGGAAGUUGCGAUGGCGGCUAUUAAGGACGAGAUGGGCGUGCCGGCGGGAGAGCAACAAUCUCCUGCUGCGGAUGUUGCGGCGCAUCCCGCGUCUGCGCCUCGUACCAGCGGCGGUGCUGUUGACCGGAGUUCAUCAAAGGGCGGCAAGGAGGGGACCAGGGAAAAGAAAGCUGGAGGGAGGAGCGGUGGCGGGCGAUCGAAGGGAAAGGUGGUGUUUACGCCGUUGUACGGCUGCGACGAAGGGGCGACUGGGGUGGAGCCUGUGAGCUCGAUAUUAGAGAGGUCGUGA